AUGAUUGAAAUUCCAUUAAAACAAGAAGUUCUUCCAUCAAAGGAUUCAACAAACUCAUCAUCAUCAACAACAUCACCAUGGUUAAAGCUAAAGGAUCCAAGAAUUGUGAGAGUGUCAAGAGCCUUUGGAACAAAAGAUAGACAUAGCAAAGUAUAUACAAUAAAAGGGCUAAGAGAUAGAAGGGUAAGACUUUCAAUUCAAACAGCAAUUCAUCUUUACGAUCUUCAAGAAAGAUUAGGGUUAAGUCAACCUAGCAAAGUUGUUGAUUGGUUGCUUAAUAUAGCUAAGGAUGAAAUUGAUGAGCUUCCACCACUUCCAACACCUCAAGGAAAUUUCACCCUAGGCUAUCCAUCUUUUGUUAGUACUAUUUCUAAUGAAUAUGUUGGUCAAAAGAAUACUUCUAUUUGGAAAUCAAAUUCAAGACAAGGGUUAGGAGAAAUUGUUCCUAACAAACAAAAUUGGAUAGAUAGAAGCGAAAAUGAGAGAGAAAAAAAACUGAAGACCGACAAUUACGAUUGCGUGCAAUAUAUUUUGCCAAAUAAUAUCUCGUCAGAUUUUGCGUCUGAGUGUAUCUCAAAUAUGGUUACUUCUAACGGAGGAAAUCUUUCAGAAAUUUCUCAAAGAAAUAAUCUUUUACAAAGGGCAAAUCAACCUUCUUUCUUAGAAUUGUUGAAUACCAUGCCACUUGGUUACCAAUUGGAGCCUUCAUCUAAUCAUGUUCCUCAUGAGUUAUCAAAUUUUGGAUUUGUUAACCAAAUUAAAGAUACAGAUGGAAUUAAUGUUGUACCUUUUCUAUCAUCAUCAUCAUCAUCAUCAUUAUUGUCUUUGUCUACACAACAAUAUUUACCUUCACAUGUUGGCGCAAUGGAGGUGAUGGAAACAAGACAAAUCAAUUACAACUAUGAACAAAUGAUGAAUUCAAGUUUUCUCAAUGCAACUCAACUAUGA